UUGCAGUGUUGAGCGCAUGUGGUGUCGAGUCAUCUCGUAUUGCAAUUUGUAAUCGCAUUCACUGUUAAGGCUUUCGUGUCUUUCAUUUACUGACAGUAAUCCCAAUUAAAUGUCACACCAGUGCUGACCAUAGAGUUGACCACCAAUUCAUGUCCAACUGAUUCCUAUCACACCAGUCGACCGCUAUUAUCAUGGAUUCAAUGGAAGAGCCAUUCAUGGAGUCAUCGCAGCCAUCGUCGGUCUCCAAAUUCAUGACAAGACUUUCACAACGUUACCAAAGCCUAUUGGACUCGUGGACCCCUCACGUCGCCUAUCGAUGGCGUUACCAAAGCCUAUUGGACUCGUGGACCCCUCACGUCGCCUAUCGAUGGGUAUUCACAUUUGUAGUCUUCAUUGCAUUCAUGGGUCGAGUGUUUAUAUAUCAAGGAUGGUAUAUAAUAACGUAUGCGUUGGGAAUAUAUUACUUAAAUAUGUUGAUCGCGUUCUUAACGCCGAAAAUAGAUCCCGCCGUUUAUGAUGACUUCGAAGGUGAAGGUGACCACACUUUGACCACUCGUUACACAUUUAUGAGGGGCCGUCUCUGCCUACCAGUGCUAAUGAAGAGUUUAGACCAUUUAUUAGACGUUUGCCAGAAUUCAAAUUUUGGCAUACCUCAACAAAAGCUACAUUAAUAGCACUGUUUUGUACAAUGUUUGAAGCGUUCAAUAUUCCCGUGUUUUGGCCCAUCCUUUUGCUUUACUUCAUCACAUUAUUCGGCAUUACUAUGAAGAGACAGAUCAAACACAUGAUUAAGUAUCGAUACCUUCCGUGGACUCAUGGAAAGACCAAAUACCAGGGAAAGGAAGACUCGGGAAAAGUCUAU